UGGCGCUACGUGGCGACGGUGUCGCUGACCUACGGCGUGAACCAGGGCGUCGGCGAGGCGCUGCUCUUCGGCGCGCAGAAGUACUUCUUCCUCGACGACCUCGGGCUCAGCGCCGCGCGCGCGAGCCAGCUCGACGGCUUCUCCAACAUCCCUUGGCAGAUCAAGGCCGUCUACGGCAUGGCCUCCGAUAGUUACGCGCUCUGGGGCGGCCUGCGCAAGGCGCCCUACAUGGUCUGCGCGGGCGUCGGCGGCGUGCUGGCCGCUUUGGCGCUCGGCGCGGCCCGCACGCGCAACGUCGGCGCCGUCGCGCUGCUCCUCGUCGUCGCGAACCUGUCCAUCGCGUCGCCGGACGUCAUGGUCGACGGCGCGACGGCGGAGCGGUGCCGGACGCACCCAAAGCUCGCCGCGGAUCUCCAAUCGUUGAGCUGGGGCAGUCUCUACGCGACGUCGCUUUUGGCGAACGUCGCCAUGGGCUACCUCGUCCAGCCGGACGUUCUAGGAGCGCGCGGCUGCUUCGGGCUCAUGACGCUGACGUCGCUCGCCGUGCUCCUCCCCGCGGCGGCGGGCUGGCUCGGCGAGACGAUCUCGCGGGACCUCGCGUCGGCGGCGGUCUUCAUCUUCCUCAGCGGCGCGCUGAGCCCGGCGACGGAGGUCAUGUUCGCCUGGUUCCACGACGACGAGAAGGACGACGGGAAUUGCGCGAAGCGCGUCUACUACGGCUACAUGCGCGCGACGGGCCGCGUCUUCGGCCUCGUGGGCAUCAUUCUGUACAACAAGUACCUGAGCCGGUGGCCGUACCGGCGCGUCUUCGCGCUCGGGUACCUCGUGACGUUUUUGGCGAACCUGUUGGAUCUGGUCUGGGUGACGCGGACGAACCUGGCGCUCGGCCUCGACGACGAGUUCUUUUUGCUGGGGUUGGAGGUGGUCCAGCCCGUCGUGUCGCGCCUCGCGUCCAUGCCCAUGUUCGUGCUGGCCGCGAAGCUGUGUCCCGCGAACGUCGAAGCGACGCUCUUCGCGCUGCUCAUGGGGCUGUCGAAUUUUGGGAGCGUCGUCGGCAUCUACAACGGCGUCGCGCUGCUCCACCUC